AUGAGUUCGACAGAUUUAGACGCUAUUGUAUCCGGCAACCAGAAAGAACUCACUAUAGGAGGAGAUGAAGGGUCUAUGUCGCCUGAUUCCUCACAUUCCGCAGCACAUGGAUCCCCCACAACAACGCCGAAAAAUUCAGCAAGAACGCCCACCUCAUGGGAUGCUGAGGAUGACGUUCUACUAAUGCAUUUGAAGGACCGCCAGAAACUAGGAUGGAAAGCUAUUGCAAGCCACUUUACCAACAGAACUCCAAAUGCGUGUCAAUUUCGAUGGAGGAGGCUAAAGUCCGGAAAUUUAAAGAAUCCACCGAAAUCGGCAGCAGCUUUGGGCGACCAAUUCAAACAGAACCCCACCAUGUCAAGCUCGGUUCCGAAAAAGAAAGCACAACCGGCUCCAGUUUCCAUGACAGAGACGACUGAUACAGAAUUUGCUUACGAACCAACACCCACAGGAGGAUUUCAAGGAUUUGAUAACAGCAUUUCCUCUGCGUUGGCUGGGCUUAACGCAUUAUCAAAUUCUCCGUCCUACAUUUCUAGUCCAUCAGCCGCAACCCCAAAAAUCCUGGCUGCGUCACCAGGUGUUUAUGCCUCAGGACGAGCAAAUCUGAUUAGCAGUCUAGGCCAUAAGUAUGAAGGCUUACCUGACGCCGAAAAUCCUUUGGAAACACUGAGCCGAACUGGAAUUGUUAUCCCGGGAACAAAUGGAUCCGGUGGCUACUAUGCUGAAGUGUCAGUUGAUCCGACCAUGAACUUGCCCCACAAUAGGACUCAUCCAGAGACGCUGUCUUCACUCACUCCACGUAAUUCAACGUCCAAUGCAAGCACUCGCAACAGAGAGAGCAUAAGUUUACAUCCGCGAGAUCACAACUCUGGGUCCAUCUCAGUAGCUGCCGCCGCGUUACGCAAUAAUUCUAUUAUUCAAAUAACCAAUGACGAAAGAGCAUCAAUCCUGUCUAUAGCGAGGGCGUCUAUAUCUUCAUUGCCAUCUAAGUCCAUGGAUAUCCCUCAUCACCAGCUGGGUGCUACCUCUUUGGCGCACCUUCCUGUACUUUUUGGUGGUGCGGGAAGUAUAAGUGGACCUUCAAGGAACUCAAGUAUAAGUGGAACAACAGGUGUGCAUCAAACAACCGUUUCCAGUUUGAGAAAUGGGUCCUUGGCUGGCCCAAGCCUGGGUUAUUACUCAAGAUCAGGAUCCGUCGUGAUCCCACACAACACAGAUAAGUCGGACGAGCCAUUAAAGAUUAACAAAGAAAAGAUCGAAUCUAGUAACAAAAAGUUACAAAAAAUGAAAAGGAGUUUACCGUCAUCGAGCCAGACAAAAAAGAAGCAAAAGAGUACCAAAUUGGAUCUCCCGUGGACAAUGGAGGAAGAUGAGCUUUUGAUCAAUAGGCGGAACAGAGAAUUGUCGUUUGCUGAGUUAUCUAUUCUACUACCCCAGAGGACGGAAGGAGAAAUUUGGGCGCGUAUAGAUUACUUGGAAAAGUUGAGAAAUGGAAAUGAUGCCUCUUCCGGUGGACGAGACCGAAGGGCUACUAGACAGUCGUCCAUAGGUUUAGAUGACGUGCAUGAUUUGUAUGAUGAUGACGACGAUGAUGACGUGAUAGUGAAUAUCGGUAUUGGAGUCAGCGAUGAUGACGAUGAUAACCCUUUGAUUGACGACGAUGACGAUAAUAUUGAAGAAGUAAGAAGGAUUAAACGGAGAGCCAGCUCUGCCAUCAACCCAUUAGUCAAACGUCCUAUUCGGAGAUAG